CACCAGCAGACGGCCUCAUUUCGGCACAUAGAAGCGAGAUCUAUCACUUUGUGUCAUCAGCGGCCAUGGCGCCGUCAUCGCGAGGUCCGAACGGCACGCCGCUGAGCGACGCUGCGCUGGUGGACAAGCUGCUGACGGUCAUGGAGCAGGAGGUCAUGCCCACCACCGCCAAGGGAGUGGAGAAGGGCAACAAGGUGUUCGGGGCCGCCAUACUCGACGCUGACUUUCGGGUGGUGGUGGCCAGCACGAACCACGAGGCCGUCUGCCCAUUCUGGCACGGAGAGGUCAGUCAGCAGACCGACAGCAAACACAGGGGAGAAAAGAGAGACGCAUUCAUUCUGCUGGCGUGUUUGUGUCAACCACCUGUGCGCAGGUGCACACGCUCAAGGAGUUCUUUGCCUUGCCUGCGUCGUCCCGUCCGAAGCAGGAGGACUGUUACUUCCUCUGCACCCACGCCCCCUGCCCCAUGUGCCUGUCUGCUCUCACCUGGAGCGGCUUCAAAGUCCUGUACCAGUUCUUCUCAUAUGACGACUCCGAGGGAACGUAAGCAGCAGCCAUGCAAGAGCAGAGCCUGGGUGUGACAUAACGAUAAUGUGUGUGUGCAGCUUCAACAUCCCCUACGACAACCAAGUGCUGAGGGAGGUCUUCCAGUGCAAGAGACCAAGAAGUGGGUAGAGCGAGAUGAAUGCACACACACCCCAACACACGGCCCACACGCAAUAAUGCCGUCCACUGUUGUUCUCUCUGCUUAUCUGUGCAGGGUCGACCCCCUACUACGAUUCAUACGACCUUCGCGAGUUGGUGCAGCAUGGUGCUCUGAGUGACGAUGAGCGGGCGAGUGCGUGGCGGCGCAUCCGGCAGAUCGAGAGCGAGUACGACCGGCUGUCGGAGGUCUACCAGCAGAGGAAACACCUCUCCACCAACAUCAUGCUCAAAUGACUGCACUCAGCGAGGGGUGUACAUGUCAUGUUGUGUGAGUGUGCGUGUGUGUGUGAGAGAGACAGAGAGAUGCAGCGGUCUUUUUGCCGCUCGCUUUCGCUUCUUGAUCGGAUGGAGUGUAGUCUGUCUG